ACAAGAAGGAAAUCACCGUUUUUUAUCCGGGAAAGGCCCCCAACGACUGGGAUAGUUUUCCACAACCAGAGCUGGACUUUCUCUUUCUUCUUUCUACUGUCGCUUUAAUAAUACUGUAUGGACUAGUAACACUUAACACACAUACACAGAGAGAGAGAGAGGGGGGGUUUUGGCUUUGUUUUGAGCUAAAUUAUGGCGGUCGCAACCUAUAUGAAGAACCCUCUUCUUCUUCAGAGAACUUCCGUCGUCGCCUUCGUUCCUGGUAGGAGGAAGAACAGGGAUGUGAUUGUCGUCGGCAAUAGUCGUCCCAUGAUCUGUCACUGCACCGUCGACUCUAAGUCCGUCGCCGGCGGGGAUGUCUUCUCUGUCACUUCUUCCUCUAAGCGCGAAGUCGAUUAUCUUGGACAGAGCACCAAAGGGGAUUUAAAACUCAAAUUCGGUAUUGAUGAUAAGGCAACCUUAGAGGGUCCGAUUGAAGAAGUGGCCAGGAUGGAAGCUGAAGAGGCUGAGGACAUGCUCAAACACUUGGGAAUCCCGGGUCCUCUGUCUUCAAGACAUUCUCCCCGUGGCAUAUUUUGUAGCCGCACAUUGAAUCUCCGAUCAAUCAGUGCCAUUGGCUAUGACAUGGACUACACCUUGAUGCAUUAUAAUGUGAAGGCAUGGGAAGGACGAGCUUAUGACUACUGCAUGGACAAUCUAAGAAACAUGGGUUAUCCAGUUGAUGGACUUGCUUUCGACCCAGACUUGGUUAUUAGAGGCCUUGUCAUAGACAAAGAGAAAGGCAAUUUGGUUAAGGCAGAUCGAUUUGGUUAUGUGAAGAGGGCUAUGCAUGGUACGAGAAUGCUAUCUACUCAUGCUGUGAGUGAGAUGUAUGGGAGAGAAUUGGUGGAUCUGCGGAAGGAGAGUCGAUGGGAAUUCCUCAACACACUAUUUUCGGUUUCAGAAGCAGUGGCUUAUAUGCAGAUGGUUGAUAGAUUGGAUGAAGGAGCUAUAGCAGCAGAUCUUUGUCCACUUGAUUAUAAAGGGCUUUACAAGGCUGUUGGGAAGGCCCUCUUCAGGGCACAUGUAGAAGGACAGCUUAAGAGUGAGAUUAUGUCCAAGCCUGAACUGUUUGUGGAGCCUGAUCCAGAGCUACCUCUGGCACUUUUAGAUCAAAGGGAGGCUGGUAUAAGACUAUUGCUUAUUACCAACUCAGAUUAUCAUUACACAGACAAAAUGAUGCGGCAUUCCUUCAAUCGAUUUCUUCCAAAUGAUAUGAGCUGGCGAGAUCUAUUCGACAUGGUUAUAGUCUCUGCAAGGAAGCCAGAAUUCUUCCAAAUGUCACACCCAAUGUAUGAAGUUGUCACUGGGGAAGGUCUAAUGCGUCCAUGUUUCAAGGCUCGUCCAGGGGGCUUGUACUCUGGGGGAAGUGCUCAGAUGGUUGAGAAUUCCCUGAACAUUCAUGGUGAUGAGAUAUUGUACGUUGGUGACCAUAUAUACACAGAUGUAAGCCAAUCCAAAGUUCAUCUUCGAUGGCGAACAGCAUUGAUUUGUCGAGAAUUGGAAAAAGAGUAUAGCGCUUUGAUUCAUGGUCGAGGUCAUCGAGCUACAUUGAUAGAGCUUAUAAAUCAGAAGGAGGUUGUGGGGGAUCUAUUUAACCAACUCCGGCUCGCUCUGCAAAGGAGAACCAACGAGCGUCCUGCUCAAACCUUGGCUGCCACUAACAUGACCGAUCAAGAACUCACGGAAAGUAUGCAAAAGCUGCUUUUUGUUAUGCAAAGACUAGAUCAAAAAAUUGCACCAAUGUUGGAAGCAGAUGGGGAGCAUUUCAACAGAAGGUGGGGUUUUCUGUCACGUGCAGGUCUUUGGGACAAAAGCCACUUAAUGCGACAAAUUGAGAAGUAUGCUGAUAUUUAUACUUCUAGGGUUUCCAAUUUUCUCCAUUAUACACCCUUUAUGUAUUUCCGUUCCCAGGAACAGACACUUGCUCAUGAUUCGUACUCACACUUCCAUUAGCAGAUUACAUGCAUAAUGGCAGCUGAUGGCAAUUGUUGCAGAUUUUCUUAAUAAGCUAACGAUAGGGUAUUGUAUGUUGUAAUGUUAUUGUACACUAGUUCUUCUUCUUUAAUUAUUUUGGACAUGUUAAUAACAGUUUAGUGGGAAUUUGAAUCGCCCACUCCAUGAGUAUUUUUGUAUUAUUUAUAGAAGUGACAUGAAUGAAUGUAAUCUAUGGCUAUCUAAUUAAUGAAUAAUGUCUGUUCUCCAGAAAA